AUGAAGGAUCAACAACUGAUCUUCAAACCGUCAUUGGGGCUGGUGGACUUGAAGUUUUUGACCGUUUCUACGUUUGUUUUGCUGUUCUCCGAGACAUAUGCAAAAGGCCAACUUCUAGCUGCUGUGGGAAGGGAUGCAAACAGCCAGAUAUACCCUUUUGCUUGGGCUGUAGUGCAUAAAGAGAAUACAGACACAUGGGCAUGGUUCUUGCAGAAGCUGAAGAAUGAUUUAAAUCUUGGAAAUGGAGAUGGUUUCACCCUUGUUUCAGAUCGGCAGAAGGGAUUACUUAUAGCUGUCGAUGCCGAGCUGCCAAAUAUUGAGCACAGAAUGUGUGCAAGACAUAUCUACGGAAAUUUAAGGAAGCUACAUCCUAACAAGCCUCAGAUGAAGAAGUUGUUUUGGAGUGUUAUUGAGAGUCAUAACGAAGCUGACUACAAAGUAAGUUUGAAAGAGUUAGAAGAGUAUGACAAAGAAGUCUAUGCAGAUUUGAUGGCCAGGAGACCCGAGACUUGUAGCAGGGCCUAUUUUUCGACUACACCAUGUUGUGAAGAUGCUCUAAACAACAAUUCAGAGUCUUACAAUAGGACACUAGAGAAGGCACGUGCAAUGCCAUUGGUGGAGAUGCUAGAGACAAUGAGACGAUUAGCUAUGAAACGUAUUGAUUUAAGGAAGAAGAUAGUCAAGAAUUACAAAGGAAAGUUCAGCCUGAAGGUUACUAAGAUGAUCGCAUCUGAGACAAAAUAUAGGAAGUAUUGUAAGUCUCUUCCUGGACCUACUGGUGAGUUCGAGGUCACUGAAGAUGGAAUUCGGUAUGCAGUUGAUAUGAGAGAAAAGACAUGUAGCUGUAGGAGAUGGGAUUUGACUGGGAUUCCUUGUAGACAUGCGCUUCGUGUGGUUUUGGAUGAAAAAAAGACAUAUAAAACCGACAAUUUGGUGUCUGAUUGGUAUUUGACUUCUAAGUGGCAGCAUCAAUACUCAGACUCGAUCAGACCAGUAAGAGGGAUCAAGUUUUGGGUUCCAUGUGGUGACUCAACAAUACAAGCUCCACCAAGAGAUAUCUCCAAAGGGCGCAAGAAGAAACCUCAACAAAGAAUCAAAGGAGUUAACGAGUCUCCUAAAAAGGGAAAAAAGGUAACUGGUCACAACCGUGUGAUGCAUUGUUCAAGGUGUGGUUUUCCUAAACACAACUCUUCUAAGUGUCCUAAUGCUGGAGUUCCUUGUAAGCCUCGUCCACCUAAGAAGCAGAAAACAACUAUAUCACAUGAUGAAGUUGCAGUUGAUCUUGGUGAAGGACCUUCUCAAACUCAACAAACACAGACUUGA